AUGGACUGUCCCCCAGAUCCUGUCUGCGAACUGCCGUGUGUGCUGACUCUAAGUGCUGACAACUGCCUUUCCUGUGAAUGUCAGGCUAAUGAGUGUCAGGCCGGCUGCUAUAAGUCCCUCGGCCCUAAAGGCUGUAUUGAGUGUGACUGUAGUGAAAUACCCUCCUCCUGCCCUCCGGUUCCUGCUUGCUCGCCUCUUUGCUUGGUAAAGAGAACUGCCGAAAACUGCUUCGAGUGUCACUUUGGUCUGACCCGUCCUUCAGACUGUCCUGUUGAACGUAAAUGCGAAGCACCUUGUGUCUUGGUUUCUCUGCAGGGUAACCGCGAGGCAUGUUUCUGCCCUUAUCCCUUAGAGAAAGCUUGUUCCAAAGUCGAAGAGUGCAAUCCUCCGUGUACCACUUCCCUGGGGCUAGAUGCAUGUCCGAAGUGCCAUUGUCCACAAGUUUGUCCACGUACGGAUUGCAGGCCCCCGUGCAGGGCUUUUGUCAAGUCAGAUGGUUGCCUAGGUUGUGACUGCCAUAUUUGUGAACCUGUAAAAGAGUGUCCUAUAUUUUGCUCUAUUAAGAAAAACAGUCAUGAAUGCGAUUACUGUGACUGUCCCACUUGCCAACCAGUUGGCGAAUGUCAUCCACCUUGUUGCCUCAAGUAUGACUUCCAUGGAUGUAAGGUGUGCGACUGUCCACACUGCCCGCCUGUCACAAACUGCUCGGCCGAUUGCACUGUGAGGAAGAACAGCAAUGGCUGUGAUUACUGCGACUGUUCAGCAUGCAAGCCUCUGGCACAUUGUCCUGAUGAUUGCCCAAAGAUAAAAGAUGAAAAACAUUGUGAUGUUUGUGACUGCCCUGCGUGUAAGCCAGUGGCAGAAUGCCCAGUUAGCUGUUCUGUGGAAAAAGGCGAGAUUGGAUGUGACAUCUGCAAAUGCCCUGUGUGCGAACCAGCGCAUUGUGAUUCUUAUUGCACAGUUACAAAGGGUGUCACGGGGUGUGACGAAUGUACUUGCUCUACCUGCCAGCCUGUCACUGAGUGCCCCAGCAACUGUUCUCUCAUAAAAGACGACAGUGGUUGUGAAGUAUGCCACUGUGUAAUCUGUCAGCCGUUAUCGCAUUGUCCUGAAAACUGUGAAAUAAGAAAGAACAGUAAUGGCUGCGAUAUGUGCUUCUGUCCCGACUGCCAGCCCCUUCAGUCCUGCCCAGAUGAAUGUCCAAGGAAACUAAAUGAACAUGGAUGUGAGGUAUGUGACUGUCCUGCUUGUGAACCUGUUAUUAACUGUCCAAAUCAAUGUGAAAUAGUCAAGAACAGCAAAGGCUGUGAAGUAUGCUACUGCCCCCUCUGUCAGCCGUUGCUUGACUGCCCUGAUGAAUGCCCCACGAAGAUAGACGAAAAUGGGUGCGGCAUAUGUGAUUGUCCAGUGUGUGAACCCGUGCCCAGUUGCUCACCUUCAUGCCAAAUGAAAAGAGACAGCAAUGGCUGUGACAUUUGUUUCUGCCCCGUAUGUCAGCCACUGACAGACUGUCCUGAUAACUGCAAUGUGGUCACGGAUACUGAGGGCUGUCAGAAAUGCAAAUGCUUGUUAUGCCAGCCAAUUAAAGACUGUCCAAGCAAUUGCUCAGUGACAGAAAAUGAAACAGGCUGUGAUGUAUGUGACUGCUCACAGUGCCAUCGGGAAAUUCAGUGCUCAGAAAACUGUCACGUCGUCGAAAGUACCACAGGCUGUAUGUCCUGUAAUUGCAAAGGGUGCCAGCCAGUGGAGGCGUGCCUCCCGCACUGCCGAAGAGAGACAAACGAAUCUGGGUGCGAAGUGUGUAACUGUGGCCUGUCGUAA